AUGGCACAAGACAGCUCUUCAAACAGGCCCAUGCCAGGGAGCUGUAGGCGUGAUCGCACUAAGUUCACCAAAGAGCAGCUGAAAAUCCUCAUCGACACCUUUAACCAGAUGCCAUACCCAAAUUAUGCUACCAAACAGAAACUUGCCGUGGAAGUCAACACUGAUGAGUCGAGAAUCCAGGUCUGGUUUCAGAAUCGCAGAGCUAGACACAGAUUCCAGGAGAGACCAGAACUUAAGGAGGCUUUGGAAUCAAGCCAAGGCCCUGGGCGAGAUCGACUUCCAGAACAGAUGCGAAGUGAGGAGGCCCGACGGUGCCGCACCACCUACAGCCCCUCUCAGCUGCACACCCUCACCAGGGCCUUCAGGAACAACCCCUACCCCGGGAUCCAUUGCAGGGAACAGCUUGCGAAGGAAGUCGGAGUUCCUGAGUCGAGAGUCCAGAUUUGGUUUCAAAAUAGAAGAUCUAGAUUACGUGUGCAGAAAAAAGAAGAACCCAACGAAACCUUCGAACACGGCCAGGGACGAGAUCUCUCACACGGAGUUCAAGGAGACUCCCCCUCGGAGCCUGGACCGUCCUGCGGCCGUCGAAGCCGGGCGGGCCCACGUCUGCCGGCCGGUGGCCUCCGCUGGGCCUUCCCAGCGCCUCCUUCCCCAGAUUGUCUCAGCCUGAAGAGGCCAGGACAUGAGCGCGUCCCAGGUCAGCACCGACCCUCCCAGCGCCUGGGCCUUCUCACGCUUGACUCCUUCCUACCAAAACUCCACACCUUCUGGCCGCCGCCUGCCCGGCGAGAUGGCCCUUUGCUGAGGGCCAGGUGUGAAGUGUCCUCGCCCAGCUGGCAGCUGCUGGCCCCUGGCUGUGUCUUGGCAUCUGAAGCGAGUUCCCGGCACCUCCUGGGGACACCCAAAGCAGAGCUGGCACCCAGGCACUGA